AUGCCGAAGAGGCGGGCCGAGAACGGUCUCGAGCAGGAGGAUUUGACGGGGGAUGCGCCGCCCAAGCGCGCGUUUGCCUUCGGCGGGGGCACCGCUGGCCCCCCGUCCUUCGGCGCUGCGCCCGCGAACGGCGCGGCGGCGGGCCGGGGCGGCGGCGGGGGGUCCGACCAGCGCCGGGCGAAGCUCGCGGGGCGAAUCGAGUCCCUGAACAGGCAGUUUGCGCAGUGGGUCCAAGACCAGGCUGCGGGGGGCGACACAAAGCGGGAGUUGUGGGUCGACGGGGUGCAGGCGUACGCCCGGCACGCGGACGACAUCAAGACGGAGUUCCGCGACGUCAUCGACGCGUUCAAGGACGGCGCGAAGCAGAGCAGCCAGGCCGCGCCUCCCAAGCCCGCCCUGGCUUUCGGGCAGCCCAGCGCGGCCGGGGCGCCGCGCACGACGUUCGGCGCCGGCGCGCCGGAUAGCAGCGCCGACAAGGACAAGGGCGGCGAUGCUGCGGCCCCGAGCGCCGCGCCUGCGAAGCCGGGGUCGUUGUUUCAGUUCGGCGCCAAGCCCGCCGCCGCGGCGAGCGACGCGGCCGGGGCAGACAAGCCGCAGAGCACGUUCGCGUUCGGGGCGGGCGCGGCGGGGUCGGGCGGCGCAUCGAAGCCCGCGUUCGGGGCGCCGGGCCCGUUCACGUUUGGCGCCCCCGCCACAAAGCUGGCCACGGAGGGCCCUGGCAACAACAACGGGGCGGGCGCGGGCGCGGACGAGGACGGCGGAGGCGGGUCGGACGACGAGCAGGGCGCCGGGUCGAGCGUGGUGGUGACGGCGGAGCCGGAGGACGACGUGAACGAGCUGGUGUGGACGGCGAUGACGAUGUACUUUAUGAAGAACAAGGACCCGAACGCGGACGCCAAGGACGUGUGGAAGGAGAUUGGGUUUCUGUCGAUCAAGAAGCCCAAGGCGGGCGGGCGGCGGUUCCUGGUGUAUCGCAAGCAGGCCGGGGGGCGCAUCCUGCUCACGAGCCCGAUCCCCGCCGGCAUGGCGUUCAAGAGCGCCGCCAAGAAGAACGUCGUCGUCGGCAACGUGUAUCCCGUGGUCAAGGACGAGGAGGGCAACGACAAGGUGUCGGACCCCCGGACGGUGCUCUUCAGGCUCAGGGACGAGGCCAAGGCCAACGACUUCCGCGCACAGAUCGAGUCUGCAGCAGCCGAAUGA